UGAUGACGUCCAGGAGGAUUCACACAUGCGUGGAUGCAAUGAAGUAGCCGUUCAAACGGAGGGUAUGAAAUGCUGUAAGUCUUCCGGUUUUGCGCUUUAGAUACACGCCCUGGCAGGCAGGUGUCAUGAAUCUGACAAAAGGGUCAUGCACACUUUGCACGCUGUGGUCGAUUCACUUAGACGCGUGGAGGAGACCCUUCACGUAUUGAAGGAGAGCCACGCGGCCAUGAGCCAGGCCAUGUGGACUGCCAAACCAAUGCAACCGAAUGAGUUAUCUCUACCUACCUCAUCCAUUGAGGAAUUCAUGGACUUGGAGGGUAAAUUGGUGGACCCAGACCUCCGUCGAGAACUGACUACCCGCAUGAACUGUACACCCGCCGGCACGGUAUCGGAGGCUAUUCGAUACAUGUUGGACAGGGUUAUGAACAGAGACGUCUUGAGGCAGCUGAACUUCGCG